CUGUCCCAGAGGCUUCCUUUUAGCCCAGGAUGUGGGAAGGAAGUGCCAGAGGGCCAAGGAACUUAAGCCAAGACAGGAAGCCCCACACCCAGAGGCCUUAAGAGGGCCAAGGAAGUUGUAUCCUAGAUUGGGCCUUCUGAGAGCAUCUAGAGGCACCUGCAGGAUGAAGGCUGCCUGCCUCCUCCUCCUCCCCGCCCUGUGGCUGCUGGUGUGCGGCAAGUCGCUCUGCUCCGUGGACGAAGCCAUCAGUGAGAAGGUCCUGGACGGCGCCAGAUCCCUCAUACUUGGGGCAAUAAGGAACACUGGCCUGGACUGCCUGACUGUCACCUCCAGGGGGGCCCUGGCCACCUGCCCGGAAGGCUUCGCCGUCACCAGCUGCUCUUGCGGCUCCGCCUGUGGUUCGUGGGACGUGCGCGUCGGGACCACCUGCCACUGUCAGUGCGCGGGCAUGGACUGGACGGGAGCGCGUUGCUGCCGCCCGCACGCCGUCGCCUGAGGCCUCGGGGGCGGAGCCAGGGGCGGAGGGGCGGGUCCUGGAAUAAACCCAAAGAACAUGAUGCCGAG